CUCUCCUGGUUCACUCGUGGUUCAGUCCAGGGCUCUGGAGAUUUACAGCCACAUUUGGACUUUACUUUUUUCUGUCUCCUUCCCUGUUUCCUAGCUCCUUCCUUGCUGUCAUUUCCUUCCUUAUCCUGGCUCCUCCUUCAAAUUCUUCUUCUUUUCUCAGAUUCUCUGAUUUUUUGUUUUUGUAGACACCUUUCUGUCAUUGGAUCCUACCUUAGUCCUUGUUCAAUCCUAGUUCAGUCCUGGCUCAGUCCUGGUGUAGUCUUGGUUUAGUCCUGGUUCAGUCCUGGUUCAGUCCUGGUCUACUCCUGGUUUACACCUACUUUAGCCCUGGUUUAGUCCUGUUGUAGACCUGGUUUAGCCCUGGUCUAAUCCUGGUCUAGUCCUGGUUCAGUCCUAGUUUAGUCCUGGUCUAGUCCUGGUCCAGAUGGACUCUCUGGAGAAGCAGUUAGUGUGUCCCAUUUGUCUGGAGAUGUUCCAGAAGCCGGUGGUGAUCUUGCCAUGCCAACACAACCUGUGCCGUAAGUGUGCCAACGAUGUGUUCCAGGCAUCUAACCCGUACCUGUCUACGCGCAUGUCGGGGAGUGUGUCUUCAGGAGGGCGGUUCCGUUGUCCUUCGUGUCGUCAUGAGGUUGUCCUGGACCGCCAUGGUGUCUACGGCCUACAGCGCAACCUGUUGGUGGAGAACAUCAUCGACAUGUACAAGCAGGGCAGCGCCAGUAAACCCACUGCAGACCCUCCUCAGCCCGAGGUUCUCAUGUGUGAGGAACAUCCAGACGAGAAGAUUAACAUCUACUGUGUGUCCUGCAGCGCCCCCACCUGCUCCAUGUGCAAAGUGUUUGGGGCCCACAAGGACUGUGAGGUGGCCCCUCUGCACACGGUCUUCAGUGCGCACAAGGCGGAGCUUACAGACUGUAUUUCGUUGCUUGUUGGAAACAACGAGCGAACUCAGGCCAUCAUCAGUCACCUCGAAGAGACGUGCCGCGCAGUGGACGAGAGUGGCCAGCGUCAGAAGUCUCAUGUGUGUGAGGUCUUCGAUCGCCUCUUCUCACUGUUGGAGCAGAAGAAGCUGAGCAUGACGCAGAGGAUCACGGUGGAGCAGGAGGAGAAGCUGGAUUACAUCAGGGGCCUGAGGAGCAGGUACACAGAGCACCUCGAGAGGAGCACGGGGACCCUCCAGGGGGCGCUGCAGACGCUGGAGCAGGCCGAUCACGCCCUCUUCCUACAGGAGGCCAAACCACUGCUGCAAAAGAUCUCUGAGGGAACGAACACGUCUUAUCUGGACAAACUGCAGCGAGGAUAUGAAAACAUGGACCACUUCACCACCAACUUUGAGCUCCAGAAGAGGGCGCUUUCCAACAUCGCCUUCAACAGAUACGAUGAAGACAGCGACGAAGAGUAUGAGGAGGCGGAGCUCAGGGCCACAACAGGAAGUCGAUCCGAGACACUUCCUGUAGCAGCAGCUGGCCCCUCCACCUCAACGCCGGCCCCUCCCACUGCGUCUCCUAUGCCCCCUGCCCGGUCCCCUCCUCCCACCGCGUCUCCUCACCCUCCUCUAGCUCCUCCCAUGUCUCCUUCACUAGCUCCAUCCUUGUCUCCUUCUUUGCCUCCUCCGCUGCUUCCUGCCGUGCCUCCUGUCUCCUUCCCUCCUUUACCGUCACAAAGAGCUGCAGAGGCCACACCCACUCCAACAUGGAGUCACGCCCCAUCCACUGCCCCCACCGCCUCAGGCUCCACCCCCUCGGAGCAGAGUGAUGCCGAUGAGCCUCGACACGUCUUCAGCUUCAGCUGGCUCAACAAGGAGUGA